UCAACUAUGUGAUCUGUUUUUCCACACACACACACACGGACCCUUGUCUCCUCUCCUCUCCUCUCUUCUUUUAUCCCCCUCUUCUCCUCCUCGGCACACUCAAUGCGCACUUCCCUCCGGGCGAAGCAAACUACGUUUGUUCGGUGAAGUUACUUUCUUUAGGUAGUUGACUUUGAAGUUUACUUUUGUACUUUAAGUGUCGGACAUGACUACCAUGGCAACUCCGGCUGCUCCGGCUCUGCUCCCCGCCGCUCCGCUCGGGCACCACCCGGCGCCGAGUUCCGUCUCUCCGGCCACCUUCGAGGCCCGGACGACCGCCCAAGAGGCUGCAGAGUGUGACAGAGGGCGGGACUCACCACAUGCUGUCCCACAGCGGGCUGAUGCACGCUGGAAUCAUGCCUUCUGCAGAUCUGUCUGCCCUGGCCAAGAAGAUCAAGCUUGAGGCGAUGGCCAGUUACCACAGCAACCAACAACAUGGCGGGCCAAACGGAGAGAAUGGUGACCACAACCCCGGACUGGUUCUGGAUCAGUUGCCCUUCAUGAUGAUGUCACAUCCUCUGAUCCCUGCCAGCCUGGCGCCGGCCUCCGUUUCCAUGGCGAUGGGCCAGAUGAACCGACUGAGCACACUGGCCAGCAUGGCCAACGUGGCGCACCUCCACGCCAAGCCCCCUGCCAGGGCUCCCACCUCCGUCAUUAAGGUGAACUCAAAGGCCCAUCAGCCUGGUGGACCUGACCACCGGCCAGAGCGAAUGCGUGACAGCCCCUCCCCUUCUCCCUCAUUGGAGGAAGCUCACAUGUCAUCCAAUCACAGCAGCAGUGUGUCGAGUUCACCGUCUCACACAGAACGCACUGCAGAAACCACACACCCACUCGACAACGGGCUGUCGUCAAGUCACAGUGUGUUGGGACAUUCCCCUGGUUUGGUGCAGGGGACCAGAGAGACGGAUGUGAGUUCAGUGGAACACAGCAAGGAGAACAAGAGGGGCCACACUGACAGAGAUAACAGCUCCUUGGCCACUCACACAAGCAGGGAGAGCUGUGAUAGACAAGUCUACCACAAACCCCCAUCAGGCAGGGAGAGCUGUGAGAGGGUAUCUUACCCCGCGGGACAGAAGCUCCCAGCAGGUCUCCACCACACUCCCUUCAUCUUCCCGGAAGGCUUGUCCUCCAUAGAGACCCUGCUCACGAACAUCCAGGGUCUGCUGAGGGUUGCCAUAGAGAACGCCCGGGCGCAGGAGAAGCAGGACCAGCUGGAGAGAACGGAGCUGAAGAUGGAGCUGGUCCGAGAGAGGGAGCUGAGAGAGACCUUGGAGAGACAGCUUAGCAUGGAACAGAAAAACAGAGUUCUGAUCCAGAAGCGACUGAAGAAGGAGAAGCGGAAUAAGAGGAGACUACAGGAGGCCUUGGAGGAGGAGGUCAAACUCCGUGAUCAGGCAGAGCACACCCUGCUGCACACGGCCAACACACACACAGGCCAUCAAUCAUCAGCAGCCCCUCCUCACACAGAAUCCGUGACCCAGGACGUGGAUGGGAGCAACCACGAUGACAACAGGCUGGACUCCAAGGCAACAGUACAAGAGGGCAGAGUAUUCCUGCAGACCACCGGGAUGUAUUGAAGAUGAGAUGGAAGGAUGGAUGGAUGAAUGGAGAGAUGAAUGGAAGAACAGAGCGUCGAAGGUUCCUCCUUUUAUGAGAAAUACAUUCGACAGGCAUGCUCAGUCGCGCGGUGGCAUCUGAGAUACAGCUCCACCUCGUCCAGAGGACUCCCCUACAUGUCAAGGGUGACAUUUGAACUUUUCCAUUGUUCUCCCGUUUAAUUUAUUGCAUUUAUCACCAAAUCUCGCCGUAGUGGGAACAGUACUUUACUCUGAUGAUGUGUUUUGACUGUGUUUCUUUCAAUCAAGGUUUUUAGAUCCUAGAUGAAGAUGACCAUUGUUGUUUUUUUGUCAGUGUUUAUCUGGACACAAGUGAUGAAUAUAACUUGUAACAGAGUUGUGUACAUAUAUAUAGUCAUCAUUUUUGUUAUUAUUAUUAUCAAAAAAACAUAAUGGCAUGUUGUACAGUCAGUAAAUGACUUGUAUUGUGUAUGUUAUGCAGUAGUGCAGUUUCAGUUUAACAAUACAAACAAUACAAAUCCUUUUUAUUAAA